CUAUUGAGUUCCUAUCAAUAGUGCAGGAGUAAUUUACAACUUCCGCAGAAUCAAACCAUGAAAGAAGACAGCAAAUGGGUUACUACAUACAUGCAACUGCGAACAGAAUUUGAAGAAACAAAAUGAAUCAUCUUUACAUAGAAAAAAAAGGGGCCACUUUCCAAAUUGGUUCCCUCGUCAUCAUUUUUAUAAUAUUCCUCCUCCAAUCCCAUCCCAUCCCAUCAUCUUCUCUCUCACCAUAAUGUACUGUAAAACACUGCAUUAUCCAUUCCACCACCACUUAUCUUUGUUCUCAUUCCCAAUUCUCAAUAAUAUUCCCAUCUUCCACUCUCAAUUCCAAAAUGGCCACCCAUAACAACCACCUCAAUGGUGAUGCUAUAUCCAACCGUCACGUGUCAAAGAAACCAAAGCUCGCUCCAACCGCUGCCGUCGCCGUCAUCACUGAGGCCGACCUCCAAUCGGAAUUCUCCCAUCACGACCCCGCCGUCGCGCGCAUCAACAACGGCAGCUUCGGAUGUUGCCCUGCCUCCGUAAUCGCCUCCCAGCGCCGGUGGCAGCUCCUCAACCUGCGGCAGCCUGACCAUUUCUACUUCAACGAGCUCAAGAAAGGGAUCCUCCACUCCCGCACCAUCAUAAAAGACCUCGUCAACGCAGAACACGUCGACGAGAUCUCCAUCGUCGACAACGCAACCACCGCCGCCGCCGUCGUCCUCCAACAAACCGCCUGGGCCUUCCAUGAGGGAAGGUUCCAUAAAGGCGUCGACGCCGUCGUCAUGCUCCACUACGCAUACGGCUCCGUCAAGAAGUCUGUGGAGGCGUACGUGUCACGCGCCGGCGGCGAUGUCAUCGAGGUCCCCCUCCCCUUCCCCCUAACUUCCCCCAACGAAAUCAUAACAGAAUUCCGUUGCGCAUUGGAAAGAGCGAAAUCUGGCGGGAAAACGGUUAGACUGGCAGUUAUCGAUCACGUGACUUCGAUGCCCAGCGUGGUGAUCCCCGUGAAGGAGUUAGUUAGGAUCUGCAGAGAGGAAAGUGUGGAUAAAGUUUUUGUGGAUGCGGCGCACGGGAUAGGGUGUACCAGCGUUGACAUGCAAGAAAUUGGCGCUGACUUUUACACUAGCAAUUUGCACAAGUGGUUCUUUUGUCCACCGUCGAUUGCGUUUUUGUACAGUCGCAAGAACUCCAGUUCUUGCGAUCUGCAUCACCCUGUGGUGUCUCAUGAGUACGGCAACGGUUUAGCCGUUGAGAGUGCAUGGAUAGGGAAUAGGGACUAUAGUGCACAGCUUGUGGUACCUGAUGUGCUGGAAUUUGUGAACAGGUUUGAAGGGGGAAUUCAGGGGAUUAAGAGGAGGAACCAUGAAAAGGUUGUUGAGAUGGGUCAGAUGCUGGCUGCGGCUUGGGGGACACAUCUCGGAAGCCCGCCGGAGAUGUGUGCGAGUAUGGCCAUGGUUGGAUUGCCGGCUUGCUUGGGGAUUAAGUGUGAUUUGGAUGUGGCUAGGUUGAGGACUCAUUUGAGGGAUGAAUUUGGGGUUGAGGUCCCUAUUUAUUUUCGAGCGCCGGCAGCCGCGAUCUCCGCGGGGGAUGUGGUCACCGGCUAUGCUCGGAUUUCUCAUCAGGUGUACAACAAAGUUGAGGACUAUUAUAAGUUCAGAGAUGCCGUUGACCAGCUUGUUAACAGUGGCUUUACUUGUGCUCAGCUUUCCACUUGAAGAGCAAAAUGUGUCGAAGAAGACUUUUAGGUGAAUAACAGUAAAAGAGCUAUGAAUGCGUUCAUGCUCUAUUAGGUGGUGAUGGUUUCGGUACCAUGAACUCUCUCCAUACAUGAUUUUGUAGACAACAGUAAAACUGCGUCGUUUUGGCGCUUUCUGGAGCUCAAUUCAGAGCGUAGUUAACUUUGGUGUUGAAAACGCAUGGCAUUAUAUUUGUAAAUAUAUAAAUAUAAUCGUGAUUCUCUGAAUGUUGCAUUCCUCCAAGUUUCAACCA